UGAAGUUCGAACGGAUUUCGCGCACGUGUUGAAUGUUGCGCAACUUUUGGACAUGCAAAGCCCGAUUGGGCAAUAUGCCACUCAGUCUGACGAUUCUCUGGCCAAAUCUGGGCGACUCAAAUGGUAUUGCAACGAAAUCCUUAGAAGAAUCGAGGGUUCAGGACCCAUUUCAGUAAUUGAGUUCAACAAAGAAGGGACACAUCUAGCUUAUGGAAAUGCUGAUGGAAUUGUUAGUAUUAUUGAAAUCGGCCAAGCGGAUCUCUCUGAAUUAACACACCAUUGUCAUUCCUGUUCAAAACCCUACCAGGUUUUCCUAAGCCAUGAACCAGAGUUUGAUUGUCUGAAAUCUCAGGCAAUAGAGGAGAAGAUCAAUCUUAUACGCUGGCUCCCAAGAUCUGGGCUUUCACACUUCCUGUUAUCUUCCAAUGAACGUACUAUAAAACUUUGGCAAUUAACUGAACUCCCGACACAAUCAUUUACAAAUUUGAAUUUUCCUGUUGAAUGCGGUUGCCGACGUAAAGUUGUUAUCCGGUCAUUAUCCGAUAUCAAAGUGCCUGUUUGUUUAAAGAAUUAUGAAAAUACAAAUAUACGUGUACAGAAUAAAAAAGUGUAUGCUCGUGCCCAUGGUUUUUCAAUUGUUGGUUUAUCACCUUCAGCUGAUCGUGAAACUUUCUUCUCCGCCGACCCACUAAGGAUUAAUAUGUGGAAUUUAGAAGUUACCAAUGAAGUAUUCAGUAUCCUUUUUUUUUUAUUCAACAAUUGA